ACCUCACCUGUCGCCAUUCUCACCAUUGUCAAAGCCCUUACCUUCUUUGCUUUUCUACAUCUCGCACCCAUCGGCGCUUUUUUCCGGCUUCUUUAGAUGGGAUCUUGGAAGCGGAGAAGUGUUCAUGAGAUGCUCGGCGGCGGACUGCUUGCUGAUGUGAUUAUGUGGAGAAGAAGGAGUAUUACGAUUGGAAUAUUACUUGGAACCUUUGCGGCUUGGGUGAUAUUUGAAUUGUCUAGAUAUACUCUGGUGUCACUUGUUUCAAGGGUUUUGUUGUUACUGCUGACUAUACUUUUUGUGUGGGCGAAAGCAGCGGGGGUUCUCAACAGGCCACCUCCACCUUUACCAGAGUUACAUAUUACCGAAGAGGCUACAAAUCAGGCAGCUGACUUCGUUCGAACCAAGAUAAACAUUAUACUUUCUGCUUCCCGUGAUAUCGCACUUGGCAGAGAUUCAAACCUUUUCUAUAAGGUUGCGGCAUGUCUAUGGCUAAUUUCUAUUGUCAGCAGUUGGACUGAUUUUCUUACCUUAGCGUACACCAGUCUCGCUGUUGUUUUGACAAUCCCUGUACUAUAUGAGAAGUAUGAAGAUGUAAUCGACAAAUUUCUACUCUUAGCCUAUGUAAAGCUCAAGCUUCUAUGUGAGAAAUUGGAUGAAGAUUGUUUGAGAAAGGUAAAGAAAUGGAUUCUGGAGAAUAGGAAAUUAAGCUGAAGCCACUUUCAUUCCCUUCGUUAUAUGGAGAGCGAACAGUAACUUCAUUUGGUUUUCCCAUAAUUUUGACAGUGAGGCUUUUCUCUUUUCUGUGCAUCUGGAAUGAAGUUUUCUUCCAGUUCUGCUUGGCACAGUUGUGCUGCUAUGUGCUUUUACGUUGUUGUAUGUAAUAAAUUCAUCAGAGAAAGAGUUCUUAUAAUUUGAUACAAGUGCCCAUAAAGGGUACAUUUA